AUGUCCAUCUAUUUUGGAUGCACCAACGAAACCAGCUUCACCGCAGUCUACAUCUUCCGCACAGAUCCGCUUUCCGCUCAAGUAUUGCUAGCUACCGCCUUAGUCCAGGUACGCCCGCAUCAUGGUAAUCCAAUCACCGCCAGAGUGUUGAUUGAUCAAGGUUCAGAGCUCUCAUUUAUGAGACAGUCGCUCUUCAAGAAGCUUGGACAACCGCUACAGCGUGACAUGGUCAUGCUCAAGGGCAUUGGCAAUGUCUCCGCAGGAAGCUCACUAGGUGUGAGCACAAUUGAGCUUCGUUCGCUGUGUACGACCGCAUCAAUGCAUGUCAGCAUGCAUAUUCUACCAACACUGACGGUAGAUCUUCCAUCGUUCGUGAUCGCUGAUCCAAAAUGGCCGCAUCUUGAGAAUCUCAAGCUCGCUGACCCGCAGUAUCUACAGCCACGCCCUGUAGAUAUUAUUCUAGGUGCAUCACCAGCCGCACAGAUCAAAAACGCAGAGAUUCAACGAGGACCUCGCAAUGCUCCUAUUGCACAAUCCACCACGCUUGGUUGGAUUGUCUAUGGAGCUGUCACCGCUAAACACGCUUCAACAUCACACGUAGCACUACAUGCGUCAGUAGAUACUGAAUUACAAGACGCUAUCGCUAAGUUUUGGGAACAGGAAGAAGUUCCAUCAGGAAAUUCACCGCUCAACACCGCUGAAGAAGACGAAUGUGAAAUUCACUUUCGUCAAACGCAUUAUCGACAGCCUGAUGGACGCUACGUAGUGAGAUUACCGCUUAAGGCCCUUGAGAGUCAACUUGGCGACUCUAUCAACGCAGCUAUGGGGUCACUCCGCAGAUUAAUAACUCGCUUGUCGCGAGAAAGAGAACAUUCUGACAUGUAUCGUGCAUUCAUGGCAGAAUACAUUCAACUAGGACACAUGGUACGAGUACCAGUCAACGAAUUGCCCGCAAACGCUUACUUCUUGCCUCACCAUGGAGUAUUGAAGCUUGAUAGUGCCACUACGAAGCUCCGCACAGUGUUCAAUGGUUCCUGUGCAACAUCUACAGGAAUUUCAUUGAACGACAUUCUCCACGCAGGACCCAAAACCAGGAUUCUAUUCACUACUGACAUCACCAAGAUGUUCAGACAGAUUGAGGUCGACUCGCUUGAUUGGCCGCUUCAGUGCAUUCUCUGGAUAGAUGAGAAUGACUUAAUAGACGCUUACUGUCUCAAGACAGUCACAUACGGAACCGCUAGUGCACCUUUUGACGCUGUACGUGUGCUUAUCCAACUAGUAAAGGAUGAAGGACACCGCUUUCCGCUAGCUGUUGCUCCAAUGUUGAAAACACGCUACGUAGAUGAUAUCUACGGUGGAGCAGACAACGAAGAAGACGCUAUCAAGGCUGCAGUACAAACAAAAGCUCUGUGUGCAGCAGGCUGCUUCCCGCUUGCCAAAUGGGCUAGCAAUAGCCCACGGUUACUCGCUGAAGUCGCUCCAGAAAAGCAGCUGGAUACACCGCUUAAAGAAAUCAGUGAUGCACCAUUCAAGUACACGCUACCGCCAGAUACGCCUAAGACAAAGAGAGCUAUUUUGUCUGAAAUCGCUAAACUGUAUGAUCCGCUAGGACUUCUCGCACCAAUAGUCGUCAAAGCCAAGAUCUUUAUGCAAGAUCUGUGGCUAGAUAGAGUGUCAUGGGAUGAACAAUUGUCACCAUCACUCAUUCACAAAUGGACUGGAUAUCGCGAGGAUCUUCGAAACAUCGAAUCCAUCCGCAUUCCACGCUGGAAUAAUAUAGCACCUGGAGCAACUAUGGAAUUGCACGGGUUCUCAGACGCUUCGCAAAACGCUAUGGCUGCCGCUGUUUAUUUGAGAGUCACUGACGCUGAUGGGAACACAAAGGUCUCACUUUUGUGUUCAAAAACGCAAGUAGCACCGCUGAAGAACAUGACAAUCCCACGCUUGGAAUUAUCUGCCGCAUGGUUGCUAACACAACUGAUACUUCAUGUUAAAGAAGUUCAGUCGCUUGAAAAUGUCAGGAUCAAUCUCUGGACUGGCUCCGCCGUGACUCUCGCAUGGAUUAAAAGUCCAGCAAUCCGCUGGAAGACAUUUGUCCGCAAUAGAGUGGGAAAAAUCCAAGAAACGCUUCGAGAUGUCUCCUGGAAAUUUAUUCCAGGAAAACAAAACCCCGCUGACUGCGCUUCAAGAGGUAUACCUACGCUAAAACUGAAACAACACGCUCUCUGGUGGCAUGGACCAACUUGGCUUCAUGAACCAGAAUCCUCUUGGCCCACUCUGGAGCCUCCAACCGACAACGCAACGCAUCGAGAAGAACGCCAAGGUCUGACACUAGUAACUUGGAAAGCAGAAAAUUGCCUGCUCCAACAAUUACUGUCGCAUUACACGCAGCUGUUUCCACUGCUACGGAAGCUUAGCAUCUGGCAUCGUGCCAUCGACCGCUUUAAAAGAGUUCCACAAUCUUCGCUGGCCUACCCGCUUACUCCAUCAGACCUGGAGCGUGCUAAAUUGACCUUGAUUAAGUUCACUCAAGGACAAUACUUCGCUAGAGAGAUUCACACGCUACAAGAUGGUGAUGGUCUGCCUAAAAAUAACAGCAUCACUAAGCUGACUCCGUUCAUCGACCAUCAGGGGGUCCUGAGAGUCGGUGGCCGCUUGAAAAACGCAUUGCUGGACCCAGAAGAGAGGCAUCCAGCGAUUCUACCGCGAUAA